CAACCCAAGUUUUUCAAAGAUCUACCAAGCAAGGUUAGAACCAUUCAUUUUAGGGAGUGCAUUGGAUCGCAACUUCCCCGAAAGGCAUUCUCUGGGUCAAAGUAUAUACGGAUCUUGGACCUGAGCGGAUGUUCGUCUGAAGGGCAAUCUAUCCCUGUUAGUAUGGCGUUGCCAUCCUCCAUUCGUCAACUGAUGCUGCUAGCUUAUCUUGAUGUCUCAGGCUUGCCAAUUGCAGCACUUCCUAAAUAUUUGCAUAUGUUUCAGAAUAUGCAAACUCUAAUUCUAUCCAAUUGCUCUCUUGAAACCUUGCCUGCUAAUAUUGGUAACCUACACAAGCUUUGUUAUCUAGACUUAUCAGGGAAUAGUGACCUCAGUAAACUUCCGACAUCAUUUGGAAACCUUCUCAAACUUUCUCUCCUCAGCCUAUCUGGGUGUACUAAACUUGAAGAAUUGCCUGAAUCAAUCCACAACCUUAAAUGCUUAGAACAACUAGACAUGUCAGGUUGUUGUGCUCUUCAAAAUCUCCCUGAUGAAUUUGGCAGCCUUUCUAAGCUCUCAUUUGUAAACUUGACAAGUUGUUCAAAGCUAACCAAACUACCAGGCAAUUUUAACCUUGAGUCUCUUGAGCAUCUAAUCCUUUCAGAUUGCCAUGAGCUAGAAAACCUACCAGAAGAUUUUGGGAUUCUUUAUAGACUAGAGGUUUUGGACCUGUCUGAUUGCUACAAGAUUCCAGUGUUACCAGAAUCCUUCUGCCAACUUAAACAUUUGAAAGACCUCAAUCUUUCAGACUGCCAUGGCCUCAAACAACUCCCUGAAUGCUUCGGGGACCUUUCUGAGCUCCAGUUUUUGAACCUCACAAGCUGUUCUAAGCUACAGUCAUUACCCCAAUCAUUAUGCAACAUAUUUAAGUUGAAGCAUCUCAAUUUGUCAUAUUGUAUAAGGAUUGAACAUCUUCCGUCUUUGUUUGGUGACCUUCAACUUCAAGUCUUGAACCUUACUUGUUGUUAUAGUCUGCGAGACAUGCCAGAUAGUAUCAGCGACAUGGCUAGCCUCACGCUGCUUGAUGUUAUUUCAGGAACAAAAGGUGUGCUUGAUAAGGCUUGGUCCAUUAAAGAGUGUCUAAAUUUACCUGGCCGUGAAGAACAUGAUGUACAUGAGAUAGAAAAUGGAGAGUGUUGCAGUAUAGUGGAGCUUGGGAAACUAAGUUGUCGUGCACUGGGAAUUCAACAUCUUGAAAAUGUUGAGCGGCUGGACAAUGCAAGGGAAGCUAAGUUGCGUGAUAUGACUGACCUUCGGGAACUAACUUUGUCAUGGGGACUUGGUGGCACGAGAAAUGUGGACAAGGAUGAAGAGGUGCUUGAGAACCUAUUACCUCCUCGAACUCUUGAAAGUUUUAUGGUACAUGUGCAAGGAUUUCCCUAACUGGGUGUCUGGCAUCUCCUCCUACCUCCCUUGUCUCAUUUACUUAUGUCUUUCUAAUUUAGCAACAUGUGAUUCUCUUCCUGCAUUUGGACGGUUGCCAAACCUGAGAUUUUUUUGUAUGAAGAAUAUGCCCACCAUUAGAAAAAUUGGCAGAGAAUUCUACGAUGGGGAAGGGAAUUGCAAGAAAUUAAGAAUUAUUUGGUUAGAACGAAUGGAUAACUUCGAAGAAUGGUGGACAACGCGGUCGGGUGAAGAAGAUAGAGAGUUCUUAAUCCCUAAUUUGCAUUUUUUGAAGGCAGUUGACUGCCCAAAGUUGAGUUUCCUCCCGUAUCCCCCUAGAAGUAUGCACUGGUCAUUGGACAAUAGCGAUAAGGUGUUGCCAGAACGAGGGUUUGGGAGCCUUGCAUCUUCCACUCUUCCUUUUCGUGUGGUCAUCAACAACUGCAAAUAUCCCCCUGACAUGUGGGUAAGAUUUCAACAUCUUGCCACCAUUGAGAUUUUUCAAGUUGAAGGUUGCAGUGGGCUGAGGACCUUUCCAGACAUCCUUCAAAGCUUCGUCUCCCUCAGAGAGCUAUAUUUGUGCUCGUGGGAGAACUUGGAAAUAUUGCCCGAAUGGCUGGGGCAGCUCAUUUGCCUAGAAGUCAUUGAAUUCAUCAAUUGCCCUGUGUUGACUACUCUGCCUACAAGCUUACAAAACCUUACCUCUCUGAGGGAACUGUUGUUGCGGGGAUGCAAAGGGCUGGAGACACUUCCUGAAGGGAUGGGCCGGCUUAUUUCCUUGGAGAAGUUUAUCAUCAUGGAUUGCCCCAAGCUGACUUUUCUGCCUGAAAGCAUGAAGAACCUAACCGCAUUGAUAGAGCUGCAUUUGGAUGGAUGCAAAGGGCUAGAGACACUACCAGAAGGGCUGGGGCUACUCAUUUCUCUGAAAAAGUUUGUCAUCAGCAAUUGUCCCAAGCUGACUUAUCUACCUGAAAGCAUGAAGAAACUAGCCACUCUGAUAGAGCUGCGGUUGGAUGGCUGUAAACGGCUGGAGACACUACCAAAAUGGUUAGGGCUGCUCAUUUCUCUGAAAAAAAUUGUCAUCAACAAUUACCCUAUGCUAACUUUUCUGCCUGAAAGUAUGAAGAACCUAACUGCUAUGAAAGUGUUGUAUUUGUAUGGAUGCAAAGAGCUAGAGAUACUGCCAGAAGGGCUGGGGAUGCUCAUUUCUCUGGAAAAGUUUGUCCUCAUCGAUUGCCCCAAGCUGACUUUUCUACCUGAAAGCAUGAAGAACCUAACCGCUCUUAUAGAACUGCGGUUGGAUGGAUGCAAAGGGCUAGAGAUACUGCCAGAAGGGUUGGGGCUGCUUAUUUCCCUUGAGAAGUUUAUCAUCAACAAUUGCCCCAAGUUGACUUUUCUGCCUGAAAGUAUGAAGAACCUAACCGCUCUUAUAGAGCUGUGGUUGGAUGGAUGCAAAGGACUAGAGAUAUUGCCAGAAGGGCUGGGACUGCUCAUUUGCCUAGAGAAGUUUAUCAUCAUGGAUUGCCCAAAAUUGACUUUUCUGCCUGAAAGCAUGAAGAACCUAACCGCUCUGAUAAGGCUGCUGUUGGAUGGAUGCAAAGGGCUGGAGAUAUUGCCAGAAUGGUUAGGGAUGCUCGUUUCCCUAGAGGAGUUUAUCAUCAUCGAUUGCCCUAAGUUGACUUUUCUGCCUAGUAGUAUGAAGAACCUAACCGCUAUAACAGAGUUGCGUUUGGAUGGAUGCAAAGGAUUAGAGAUACUGCCAGAAGGGUUGGGGCUGCACAUUCCACUGAAAAGGUUUGUCAUUAACGAUUGCCCCAUGCUGACUUUCCUGCCAGAAUUGCUUGGACAUCUCACUGCCCUAAAAUGCCUUGAUAUCCAAAGUUCUCCCAAUUUGACAUAUUUGCCUGAAAGCAUGAAGAAUCUUACUGCUCUUGAAGAACUAUGGUUGGAAGGGUUCAAUAGCCUUCCGGAAUGGAUAGGGCAGUUCAUUUAUCUGAAAGAAAUUAGCAUCUUCGAUUCCCCCAACUUGACAUCUUUGCCAGAGAGCAUAUGGAACAUUACCACCUUAGAAUUAUUAUAUAUUUAUUUUUGUCCAAGACUGGCUGAAUGGUGCCAAAGGGAGGAUGCUAACAAGAUAUCUCGCAUCCCAAAGAUUAUGUUAGAUGGUGAAAUAUUUAUACCGGGACAAGCAAUCGAUGGAUGAGAGAGCGAAUCAAGGCAGAGUGAACCAUAGAUCAAGCGGUCUUUUGCCCAGGACAGAAUGUGUAGAGAGCAAAAAAGGAGGGACGAAGCAAAAUUCUAAAUCAGUCAAUUCCAACAACUUCUGAAUAUUAUUUCACCUUCAAGAGGCUGGAAGCUCCGUCAGGGGCGUCCUCUGGCCUCGGCCGUGGUACUCGAAGCUGUCGCUCAAGCGGCAGUUCGCCGUCACAGGCGCCACGUCCGGCGUGGCGUGUCCUUCUUCGGGAGUGGGCCGUACAAUCUGAUGCCGCUGUCCGCCGACGCCGUCCGACGUGAGCAGCAUCCUCUCCUACAACGACCAAGGUCAGGACCAAUGAACCCCUCGACGAACAGCAUCUACCUCCGGGGCAUCUCCGUCAACCAAGAAGAAGUCCGGCCGCCUCCCUCCAGGCGUCGGCGUGCUCAUGUCAUGACUCGACGUGGCCGCGCGCGCCCUACACUGCACCGUCCUGCGACGCCAAGGAAGGCGACGCCACCGAGGAUCGAUACCGUGCAUGCCGAGCGUGAGCCCGUUGGAGGAUUCACCUGCGCCCAUGACACGCGGAGGCGGCGGCGGGGAACUGGAUGAUGAUCGAUCGGUGUUGAGUUGUGAACCAAAGUUCAUUUGCACAUAAUAAAUAUCAGUUUCUGCUGGAGCGAAGCGCCCCCGCGGUAUGGAUCGUUAUCCUUUAGGGUUUCACCUUCAUGUAUAUACCUCUUAUAAGCCGCCAUUCGGUGUUGUAACUUUACCCCGAUACAGUGAAGAUAUUUUAUUGGCUGGUGUCAGUGAUUUUUUCUCU